UCUUUCGAGGGAGUUUGAUCAUUCUCGCUCCUCCUUUUCGUGUCGUUUCUGUUCUCUUCCUUUUCCUCUCCUAUUUUCUCUCCCAGUCUUCGCCUCUUCUCUGCUCUUUUCUCUCCUAUUUUCUCACUCUAUGGUAAAAAACCCAAAAACGAGAAAAUAAACCUAAUAAAAACCCUCGUCCAUGUUCUUUGAUAAGAAACAUGCAUUACAAGAACCCAAUUCAGAAUUUAGAUUAUGUGGUGAUUAAUAAUGCAAGAAUGGCUAAUAAUGCAAAGAGGUUGAAGGAGAAUCAUGAAGGAGAUCAAGACAGGAUCAGUGCAUUACCAGAAUCAAUACUUCAUCACAUACUCUCUUUUCUUGACCUAAAACAAGCCAUCAAAUCCAGUAUUUUGUCUUCAAAGUGGAGGUAUGUUUGGACAUCUCUUCCAUUUCUAUGCUUCGAUUUUGGUUUAUUUCAAACCAAGAAUUUAAAGCAAUCUAAGGCGAAAUCCUUUGAGAAAUUUGUGGACCGGGUUUUUGAGUUACGCGAUACUUUUUCUGUCAUAGAGAGAUUGAAUCUUAAUUGUUCUGGGUUCCUAUCUCCUGAUCCUCAAAACUUAAGUAAUUCUCUCUAUACAUGGAUUCUUAUUGGAUUAAAUCGUAAAGUAAAAGAACUAUAUCUAGACGUUCCAUUUGGUCCCAAGCAUUUUAAAUUGCCUAGUUAUAUCUUCAUGUGUGAAUCUUUGACGAAACUAGAGUUAAGAGGUUCUGCAGCUCCGCAGCUAUGCAUUUUUCUGAGCAAUUUACCUAAUGCAAUGAGCUUACCUAGAUUGGAGUCAUUGGUUCUUCAAUCGGUUCAGUUCGGCUGUGAUGAUACACCCAAUAACCUCUUCUCUAAGUGUGCCGUUUUGGAAUCAUUGACUAUAACACAUUGCGUGUUUCAAAGCAAUCUUGUUAUUGCAUCUCCCAAACUUAAACAUUUGAUGAUAGAUUUGUAUUUCCCUGGGACUAACAAGAGAGACAGUAUGAUCAAGUUAAAUACUCCAAGUCUCUUAUCUUUUCGUUGUAAAGAUUACAUGUCAAGAGACUACUAUGUAGAGACCGACCUCUCUGUUUUAGUUAAAGCUGAACUAGACAUGACACCCGGAGAAUUCGAUGCAAGUGGUAUUCUAAGGCUUGAAGGUAACAGCAGAAGUCUGUAUGAACAAAGGAUGAUGAAAUUACUAAAAGCUUUUCAUACCAUAGAAGACCUAACAUUAUCUGUAUGGUUCUUUGAGAUUAAUGCUUGGGACUGCUCAGCAAUUUACCCUGUUUACACAACUUCGAUGUGUAAUUUGAGAUGUUUAAGGCUAGGGGCUGGGCUUGCAGACAGAUCUUUAAAGAUGAUCUUGAAUUUACUUAUGAACUCUCUUCAAAUAGAGUCUCUUGUUAUCGAGAUAAACAAGGCCAUUUUCACGACGCCACCAUCUCCGUACUGGGAUGAGGUGGAUUUGACAACUAGAGCAAAUUAUGAAUCACUGUGGGGAACACAAGAACCAUACGUUCAAUACAUGAUGCAUGAGCUUAAGUUUGCCGAGGUCCGAGGUGUCCAAGGACGUCUUAAUGAGCUCGUGCUACUACAGUUCCUGUUGAAACAGUGCACAGUCUUGGAGAAAGUGUUGCUUUACUUAAUUGAUGAACAGUCACCUAAUACAAAGAGAAAGGCGACCAAAUUUUUCCACAAGCUGGCAUCUUUUCCAAGAGCCUCUUCAACUAGCGCAAUCUUGUGUGUCUGAACUGCAGUUGGUAAGAUUUUAUAUAAAGAUGUUAGUGAUGACGUGUAUUCAAGACUUCUUUGAGUUUACCAAUUACCUUACAAAUAUACACAAAAUAUACCCAAGCCUGAUACUGUUCUGAUAUAUCAUGGUCAUCAUAAGGUGGAACUAGCAACUGCGUUUGAACAGGAAAAAUAUUAGAUCAAACUUGUCAAAUUUCAUUUUAUAGUUAUUGUUUUUCAGAAGUGUGCUUUGUCUUUCCAGUUCAUAACUCAUUCCGCCUAUGUAUUUUAGUAAAAUUGCGGUUGAAGCUCUUUGAAUUGCUGU